AUGGAAAAUGCUGAUGUAGAAACAAGUGCAAAUGCUCGUGCAUAUUUCAAAUGCAUUAAAGAUUUAGACUUUAUCAUCUGUCUCUCUGUCGUAUCACAUAUUUUUGCUAUUUUAAAGCCGUACACUGAAGUACUUCAAAGCAAAAAUUGUGAUUUGGGGCAAUGUUAUGACAAUAUUGAAAAAGUAGCAUUGUACCUUGCCGAAUUAAAAUAUGAUGUAACAAAAUUUAAUGAACUUGAAACGGAGCUGGAAAAUUUUGCAGGUGAGAGUGAUAUCAUUCUUACUUUUCCAAGAACGAACAAAUAUGAAAAUGUUAGUGCUUAUUUAAAGAAUAUGUAUGAAACAUUUAUUGAAACAACAUUAACAGAGCUUGGAAAUCGAUUCAGUAAACAUCAAAAAAUUUUAACUAAUGUAUUCAAUUUAUUGCCUUCGUAUGUUGUCGAAAAGGAAUUUAAUAAUGUGAAACAAGCAUUUGAUUUCUACAAAGAUGAUUUACCAUCGAAUGAUAUGAACCUGUUAGCAACUGAAUUUGAUAUGUGGCAGCAUAAAUGGAAAAAAACUUCGAUUGCUAAGAAGCCAUCUAAUGUAAUUGAUUCAUUAAAUGCUUUAUUAUCCCUUCGAUCAUUCUACCCUAAUUUAUAUUGUUUGUUUGAAUUGUUCGCUAUAUUACCAGUUACAGUAUCUACUGCUGAACGAUCAUUUUCAACAAUGAAACGUAUUAUAACUAUUUUGAGAAACAGUAUUGGUGAUGAAAGAUUAAGUAAUCUUGCUUUAAUUCACAUUCAUCAUGAUAUCGCAUCAAAUUUGAAUGUGGAAGAUGUUAUCAAUAUUUUUUGCAAAGAUAAACGUCGAAUUAAAUUUACAAACAAAUGA